UACAUGAUGAUAGGUACAUGGGACAAAAAUGUCCGAUAGGGGCGAAAAAACAUCGAUAAUAGAGAAAAUUGGAAACAUCGAUACUAUCGAUUAUGACAGUGGCUUUUUUCCAGCUCUAGUGCGUCGCCCCAAAGGGCAGUAAAAAAAGAAAAGUUGGAUAAAAACUCGCUAAAAAUCUGUGCACAGUGCAAAAUGCCGUGUCAGCAUAGCUAUCGAUUGGCUAGGUAGAAUAGCUCCUAGGAGAGAAGGCAACGAAAUUCUGCGAAAACUGCGUAAAAGUAAAAAGGCUGCGUUAGCAUUGAAGAAGAACGAUUUAAAAGCGGUUGGACCUGGAGCUGGUGACAGUGGUGGUGUAAAGAGUGGAAAUAGUAGCGACGACCGGUAUGCUGUUGAUUCGAGAGCUGACGGUGACGGCGCCUGUGACGGGGUUGGUUUCGAUAUCUUCCGUUGUAGUGGUGAUAGUAGGUCUGGUGUCGGUGGCGUUGACGUAAGGUGUACCGAAUACGAUUAUUGCAAACAGGCAGAAAGAGUUAAUCACGGUGACGGUAAAAGUGCACCAGAAGGUGCUGCAGAAACAACAACAACGAGGAAGACUGGAGCAGCAGCCGUUGCGAGUAAAUCGGCAACAGCGGGUGGAACGGUAACAACAGCUAAAAGCGUAGCCGGUAGUGUAAGUGGUCGCAUCGGUGGUAGUGGCAACAGUAGUAAUUGUAAUAGUAGCAGAGCCAGCGCCGGCGCAGGCGCAGGUCCAGAAGAAAAGCAGCUGACCGCAACGCCACCACUACGCAGGACUCGCAGCCAACAACAGCUGCAAAAAGGGCACGGGAAAGGGCACCAAAAGGUGACUGGUACAGCUGUUGGAGCAGCAGGCAGUAGCGGUGUCCUACGCACGCAAGCUGCUUCAACAGCAGCGAGCGCUGUUGGCCAGGGCUGUGAGUUGACGAAAACUAUGGCGGAGACGGGCUGCAAGCAUUUCCAAGCGUACGUAAAGGAGCAAAGCUUGGAUACAUUUCGCGUAAUUGAUGCAUACUUUUCGGCGUGUGUGAAUAAGGAUGCGCGAGAGAAAAAGGCGCUUUCUUGCUGUUGCUUUGAGUGCGGCAGCUAUGGACUCCAAGUGUAUGCCUGCCUGCAUUGCAUCUACUUCGGCUGCCGUGGCGCUCACAUCGCUACACAUCUACGUGCGAAAAAGCAUGCAAUCGCAUUGGAGCUAUCACAUGGCACUUUGUAUUGCAACUCUUGUCGGGAUUUCAUCUACGAUUCCCGUUGCCGCGAGAUAGCAACUGUCAAUCGGCGCUUGGAAGCAAAAGAUAUAAGCAAGAGUCUCAGUUGGCAGCCGUGGAUUCCGACGCCUAAGGAAACAAAUUUGCUGCUGGCCAACCCGCGACGUCGGCAUGUACGCGCUAACGAGACUAUUGGAUUACGCGGCUUAAUUAAUCUUGGCUCUACGUGUUUCAUGAAUUGCAUAGUGCAGGCAUUAAUACACACACCACUACUCUCUGAUUAUUUCUUAUCGGAGCGACACGAGUGCAACGCCAAGUCAUCAUUAAAAUGUCUCGUUUGUGAGGUUUCUCGAUUAUAUCAGGAAUUUUAUAGUGGCUCUCGCUCACCGUUAUCAUUGCACCGCCUAUUGCAUUUGAUCUGGAAUCAUGCAAAGCAUUUGGCCGGCUAUGAACAGCAAGACGCGCACGAAUUUUUCAUUGCCACGCUGGACGUGCUGCAUCGUCACUGCAUUAAAGCAAAAACGGAGUGUGAAAGUGUCAAUAAGCAGAAUAGUUCAACAUCGUCUGGUGUGUGUAGCACAGGAGGCGGUGGUAGUGGUAAUCAACAUGGCAAUAGCAAUGCCAACACGAAUAGCAACUGCCCGACGCAGUGUAACUGCAUAAUAGAUCAAAUCUUCACUGGAAUGCUGCAAAGCGAUGUGGUGUGUCAAGCGUGCAAGGGCGUUUCAACCACCAUCGAUCCAUUUUGGGAUAUAUCCUUGGAUUUGGGUGAGACAACGCAUGGUGGCACUACGCCAAAGACGCUUAUAGAUUGUUUGGAGCGUUAUACUCGUGCUGAACACCUCGGUGAAUCGGGAAAAAUCAAAUGUUCCACCUGCAAAUCAUACCAGGAGUCAACGAAACAAUUUAGCCUUCGCACACUGCCUAGUGUGGCCAGCUUCCAUUUGAACCGUUUCGAGUAUUCCACAUUGAUUGGCAAAAAAGUAUCCACGUUCAUUUCAUUCCCCGUUGAAUUCGAUAUGACGCCGUUCAUGUCGGAGAAAAAUAAUGCGUAUGGCGAUUUCCGUUACUCCCUCUAUGCGGUGGUCAAUCAUGUGGGCACCAUCGAUUCGGGUCACUAUAUUGCCUAUGUGCGACACCAUAAAGAUACAUGGGUGAAGUGUGAUGAUCAUAUCAUUACUACGGCUACGUUGAAGCAGGUGCUGGACAGCGAAGGCUAUUUACUAUUUUACCACAAGAACAUUUUGGAAUAUGAAUAGACUGGUUAAACGUAAUAAUAAUAUUAAUUAUAAAAUACAACAACAAACUACUACUCUUAGUACUACAUACGAAAACAACAAGCAUACAAAUAUGAAAUCGUACCAUAGCAAACUACAUUUACAAUAACAAGAAAAACAAACAAAUAAUUAAGCUACUAUUAGUAAACGCCGUAAACAAACAGCUGAAGGUGCCCAGGGAAGAAGCAGGGUAGAGCAGCAGCAACAAACAGUAAGCAUUUCUAAGCACAUGCGAUAGUACAUACCAUAAAGUGGAGAAGUAAAACAAAAGCCCCGUGGGGAGCGGAGCAGUGAUAGAAGCAGAGAACGAUUUUGUGCAACUUUAGCUGACGGAUCAUGUGUUCGUGCUAAUGCGCGUUGUAUACGACGGGUGUGCGAGGCGGUGAUAGUGGUGGCGCAAAUGAAAACGCCGCCGCUUUUGGCGGCCUAUGGCACUCACAAUUUUCAGCAGCAGCAGCAGCAACGCCUAGUAAUAAUAAACGCAGCAGUUAAUAUACCUUUAAUGCUAAAUAUGAUUUAACAAAAAACAAAAUCUAGUAUAUAUAAUAUAUAUAAAUAAUUUUUAUUUAUUCUAAAUGAAAAUAGCAUAAAACUGAAAGAAAAAGAAAAAACAGAAGCGAAAAAGCAAAAAAGUAUUCGUUUGCCGCUUUCAUAGCGAAUUUAAUUACUUUCCUUCUUCCGUAACUGUUUGUGUAUUGUUUUUUAUUACAUUUUUAACACCAUUAGCUGCAUCCAGCCAUUUUUCGUAAACCAUUAUUAAUUAACUUCAGCUUAUUCUCUAUUUUUCGUGUCACUGUUUUUUUUUUGUAGUUUUUUUGUUACCUUUUUUUGUUUUCUUUUACCUUUUUUUUGCUUUGUAUUGGCUAAUAUAUUUUCUACUCUUCUUCGGUUAUUUUCCCCGACUGUGACCGACCAACCAAGCAGUUAAUUGUGCUAUCUAUACCCUUUAUUUCGCGGCUGACGUUUAUCGCACAGUUGGCAGCGUUCGCAUGGAGUGAUGUAGACGCGUCAGAGUGCACCGUUGUUGGUGAUCUGCGGCGUUGCGUAUGAAACUCAAUAUAAAAGAGCAUUUUCGAAGAAUCGAAGAAAGUUUUGUAUGAGAUUUGCAUACAACAAAUGUCAAAUAAACAUAUUUGUUGAUUAUUUAUUGCGAUACGGAAGCUAAAUAUUUUAGACAAAAAUAAAUGCUUACGCACUUUUAUUAAAAUAUAAAUCGUGUUAGUACUUUCUAUAAGUCGGGCUCCAUAGAAAAACUUAUCUAAUAAACAUGUCAAAGCAUGACCUAGGAUAGCAUUUUAAUAUAAAUUGUACAAAUUUUUAUUUUUUUUUUCCUUAAAAAUCCUGACUUCUGAAUCGAAAAGCUAAAUCAGCUUAAGUUGUUUUGCCAAAAGUUCGCGGCGUUUUACAUAGUAUAUUACUACCAAGUGUAAACAAAUUCAUAUCGCUGCUUAAAAAUAGCAUCAAACGCUGCCAU